GGGGAGAGAGAGAUUUUUUUUUUUUAAUGGUUUUAGGAGAUGGUAAAUGCAAGGGCGAGACAAGCCAGAAAUAAAGUGAAUGGAAUCGUAGAAAUCAUUCUUCUUCGAACGAAAUCGCUAAUGGGCACUGUUUUGGAUGGAAAAUUAGUCAAGCUAUGUUCAGUCUAUGGGUCAAGAAGAAUUCGGAUAAGGAGUUUUUGGGUUGUAAUGCCACUUCUGGAACCGAGGAUUCUGUGUGUUUUCUAUGCACGCAAUGCGGCUUUUUUUCACUUUUUUUCCUCGAAACAUCACUGGUUUUCUGGUUCAUUAUUGCUUUACGCCUUAUCUUGUGCUUUUUGACGGGGUGAUUCAAGGCAGCCGGAAAACGGGUUAUCAAAAAGUGCAAGAAAGAGACGAGAGAAUGCUGAUAUUCCUUUGCGUUUCUGCAAUUGUUGCUUGUUUAUUUAUCUUUGGGGAUCCUUUACUCGCAAGUGUCACUCUUAGCUGAAAUGUAGCUGUUUUCCUGGUUGAAAUUUAUGAUCUAACACCUUUUGCUUGACGCCACUUUACCUUGUUAAAGUUCCCAACUUCUAAUUUUGGUUGAGCGGGAAUCUUACUUAUCAGUUCUCCCUAUUGUGGCUGGGUUUGUGGCCAGUGUAAUAGGUUGCCGGGUGAUUCAUACCAUUAAGUUUUAUGAUUGAUCGUCAUGCUAGCCUGGUUUUAACUUUUGGAGUCUCUUUCUUCUGUUAAUCACAAUAGAACAUUGACCCAGACAAUACUUAUCAUGUCUCAUGCUGUUCUUGUGAUUUAAAGGCUUUUAAAUGUAUGCCUUUCUGACCCUCAGAUUUUGCGAAUGUUGUUGGCAGAGAUUACUUGAAUAUUUUGUACAGAGAUUACUGGACCUCUUGACCUGACUGGACAACCGGAGCCAUCGAAGGGUGAGGGAUAAGGUGUAACAGACCAUACAAUAUGGGCUGCGUAGUGUCUGCUCGAAGGGAAUGUGGUGGAAAUAGAAGAAAACCAGGAAGUAUUGGCGAAGUUUCAGUCUAUGCUCCUGGUCUAAGAAUUCCCAAACCUGUCGAUUUUGCUCAGUAUCUUGGUGAUUACUUAUCUAAGAAUGCAGUGGAACGUCUAUCUGCUCUCAGAACUCGUGUAGUUGUCAUGGCUGGCCAAGAAGGUCCUACAACUACAAGAACAAAAAGAAAAAGUGCCACUCAACAUGGAGGUUCGACAUUGGCUGAUCUUCAGCAGGCUCUUGAAGACUACUUGCCAGUCCUUUUGGGAUUAGUUAAAGAUGGAAGUCAACUGCAACGCAAAGUACAAUUUGUUUGGAUUAAUCAAGAGGAUGAUGCGGAGGAAACAGCCAUGUCAAAUGCUUGGUAUGAAGUGUUGUCAGUUUUACACUUGAUGGCAAUGUUAUCUCUAUCACAGGCCAAUUUAUUACUUCUUCCUAGAACAUCUGCUGAUGGUUAUCAGCCAAAAGUAUCAGAAGAAAGCCAACGAACUUCAAUUGACAUCUUCUUGAAGGCAGCUGGAUAUCUGGAUUGUGCAAUCAGACAUGUUCUUCCCCAGUUACCUUCUGAACUCAGGAGAAAUUUACCAGUAGACCUGGCAGAAGGGGUUCUUCAAGCACUAUGUCUACAGGCAUUGGGGCAGGGUGUAGAUGUCCAGCUUGGAAUAGCAAUGGAUGAUACCAAAGCCACUCUUGCAGUGAAGCGUAGACUUGCAUGUGAGAUGGUCAAGUAUUGGCAACAGGCUCAAGACAACAUUAUGAACCUUCCAUUAGCCAAUGGUUGGGGCCAAAAACAUUCUCUUUUUGUGAAGUGGAAGUAUGUUGAAUCAAAGGCUGCGGCAUAUUAUUAUCAUGGCUUGAUUCUUGAUGAGGGGAAUACAGAGAAAUCUCAUGGUCUAGCUGCUGCCGCUUUGCAAGCAGCAGACGAGUAUUUCAAAGAAAGUAAGAAGCUUUGUGAGGCAUUCAAUGCUGCACCUCCACUAUCAAGAAAUCCUCCGCUCUGGGGAACCAUGAAGUAUCUAUCUGAAAAAAUUCCCAAGGAUACUUCAAGCAAGGUGCGAAUAAACCAUGAUCUCUACUCUUAUGAGAGAAUCAUGGAAACAGCGCCAAUUUUGCCUGAUUUUUCAUUGGCCUUGAAGCCGGAUGAAUAUCAACUUCCUCAGGUGGAUCCCUCUUGGACGGGGGAGAACACAGGGGAGGAACAAAAUGGCCCUAACCAUCUGAAGAGUUAAAAAAUGAAGCCGAACGAUUUACAAACCGCAGAUAUAUGGCCGCCUUCUGCAAGGAAGGAUGUCAACUUUAAGCACUAAAGGGUAUUCUUUGCCACCAGAAGCAAUUCAAGUGGUGUUUUUUUUUUUUUUUUGGGGGGGGGGUAUGGUGUGGGUUGAGAUUCACAAA